AUGGACUCCACUAUUGAGGACAUUACCACUGAGCCCUCAAACCCUCGAUAUCGAUGCAUUCCAUGUGGCAGCCGUGCCAUGUCUGGUUACGAAUUUCACAUCAAAACACCUGCCCACCGCCGGAACGUUGCCGCCUUUAUAGCGCGGCAACAGGAAGAAGAAGAAUUCCUUGCCGGGUACGAAGCACAAGCACCGACAGAGCCCAAUACACUUCUUGAGGCGCCCAUGGACGAAGGGCACGUCGAUGCUGAACCUUCAGACACCCGCGAUAGCCCACCUUCUCCUCUUUCCUAUCUUCGAACGCUAGAAGCCUUUGGUAUGUCAGAUGAAACCGUCAACUCGGAUGACUCCGAUAUCGAUUUCAACCGCCUAGGCGAAGCCAUCGAUGCACUAGCCCAGGACCCGGAGGAUGUAGAUGAUGAGAAUUCCGAGCGCGACGACGACGCACCUCAGGCUGACCGAACCGGCGCUAGAGCCCAAGAUGCUAUCUCGUGGCAUCCCUUCAAAAAUAAAGAGGUGAAUAUGAACAUGUGCCACAUACGCCUUAUCAAAAUGGAACUGACUCCGCCUUACGCCCGUGUCUGA